AUGGGCAUUUCGGUGUUCAUUCCUUUGGGUUUGUUGUAUUUGUGUCUUGCACCUUGGUGGAAUUUGGGGUCUCUCGAUGCUAUUCCCUCUCUUCCUUCCGCCGAUGCCCUCGAUCAAUCCACGUCUAUUCCCGAAGGUUUUCACGGGUCAAACGUUCCUUCUGAGGACUCUGGAGGUGCAGAUUCUGCCCAUUCUUCCUCUGCCAUCAACACCUCUUCUCAACCUCCGGAACUAGACAUUGGAACUGAUGGAACGGGAGUUAAAUGCAGCGUCUACUUUGUGCCGUCCAAAGUCUUUGUAUCGCAGGGUGUCGCUGGCUGGAGUUCCGUCUCGCACAAUGGAGCGCCCAUAUGGAAGGCUGCUGAGCCAAAGACUAAAGGCAAAUGCUUCUACUGCAUCGCAUUCAUGAGGGGCAACGAACCGGUCAUUCUUCACAUGCAUGUUCAACAUGAUGAUCGCUUCAAGGACCUCUACUUUACCAGGAAUAAAGACAAGUGGAAGACCUUUGGAACUGGCUUCAAGAAGAGCGUAGCCAAACUCAUGACGAAUGUUUCAGCUCUGGGAAGCCAUACAAUGAAUCUUUUCUCUGACACCAACCGUCCGGAAUGUAGAAUAAUGCAGGGAACAGUAUCAACGAUCCCCGUUCGUUUGUAUAUUCCGCAGCCGGGGCACAGGUUUACCCAGUUGGAGUUUAAGAAGAAACAUCUUUGGAGCUCUAAAGACGAUCUAAUUCUCCUUGUAAAGGUAUACUCACGUUAUCCAAAUCAGUGUCUUGCAAUGGUCAGAACAAACCGUAGAGAUUUUUAUAUUUUGGCCGUUGACGAUGUAGCAUACCUCAUGUCUCAAACUAGCUUUUCCAUGAAGAUAAGAUCCUUGUUAGAUGAUAAACUUGUUGUUUCAACCAAGGUCGACAUUUCUGAUCACAAUGAAGAGGAAUAUUCCAUAUUCGAUUGCGAAAUUGACGAUGUUGAUACGCGUCUGUUUAUACCAAAAUUGAGCUUCAACAAAAUCGUAGAUGGUGAGACCGUGAUAUGGGAGGCGCACACUGAAUUUGAGCGCUGUACAUACCUCAAGGCCCACUAUAGAUCCGUGGACAGUGUCAUGAUUUACUUCAUAAAGGAGGACAACUUUGGGGUAACUGAAUGCGCAUUUGGAAGAUUCAAGGGGAUUAAAUGGGUACCCAUGAAUUAUUAUCACCGCGAUGUCCAGCGACUUGUAAUGGGUACAGCGUUUAUUGAUGGGUUCCUUCUUGAUCUUGAAGAUGUGGAGGAAAGUCAGGAAUGCUACGUAUUUGAGACUGAGCUCUUUGGCCUUUGCACCACCAUUUUCGUUCCAAAGUCUGGUUUCUAUACCACGAGGAUCGCUUACGGAGAUGUCAUUCUCCAUACAUGCGCACAGGACAGGUCUGAGAGGACCAAGAUUAUCUACGUCCAUCGCUACAGUAGCUCCGUAGAGAUCAUUAUGGCCGUGCUUCAGGACUAUGAAGAUGCUAUUGAGUACUACUUUAUGAAGGAAGGUGAUGCUUUCUACAGCUUAGGAUGGGAAAGGUUUAUGGAACGAUUGCAAAAGAUGAAGAGCAAGGAACUCCAGCGCCACUUUUGUUCCCUUAACCUUUUAUACACUGAUGGUACCAGGUAUAAAGUAUUUGAGGUACCAAUUGACGGCAUUUCUGCCAAGGUACUCGUGCCAAAGGAGGAUACUUUUGCCAACAGGAUCAUGGACGGGAAAAGGAUAAUUUGGGAGACUACCCGGGGAGGAGAGAGGUGUCUAUUUUCCAUUGUGUAUCUGAAAGAGGAAGACCCAGCCCUAGUUUAUCUGCUUAGGAAACUUCCAAAUAAGACUGAAGAUGUGUUUUUGGUGAAAUCUAGCAAGAAAAAACUCCCAGACUGGAAAAAGUGGAAAUCUACAAAUAGCUACGGCAAGGAACUAGAGAAGCUUGCGGCAGAUUAUAAACGGGCUUCGUCUAUGAGCAUAACAAAAUUCGUUCUUGACCUUGCUGGAGACUCUCUUAAAAGCUCAGAUUCUGUUUCGAAAUCCCCGAGGCUAUCAGAUGAUAACAACAGGUACAAUCUCAUUGUAUUUUCCAUCUCUGGAGCAAAGGCGUUUUUAUACAUACCCAAACCAGGGUAUCUUGCGAAUGAGGUUCUCUUUGAAAAAAGGUCAUUGUGGAAGGAUAAAAGAGAGAGAUGUAUAUAUGCCUUGGUUCACUGCAACGACAAGGAAGAACAAUUUAUUAGUCUACUCAUCAGAGGAUCAGGCAGUAGAGUUAAAAACAAGAGAUUUGUACGCAGUGGAAACAAGUGGAAAUCCAAUCGAAAGUACGGUUCGAAAGUUUCAAAUUUAAUUGAUGAUAAAUUGUUUGACAAUCUAGAAGAAAGGAGAAUGAAUCCCGAUUUGUAA